ACGAAAGAGUUUAAUGCUUUUGUCAGUAAAUUAGUCUUUCGAAAGUUCGGACGCCAGUGCUAUCAUAGAAGCGCAACAGUUACAGGAAUCACAGAAGCGGCAGGUAGACAGAUGUUAUCCUGUGCUAAAAUAUUCAGCCCUGGUGAAGUGAUGGAUUGUUUGCCUAAUCUUUAAAAGUAAAACAAUCAAACAGAAUGACUGGGAUGAAGAACUGUAGACUGUGAUGAACACUGCCAAACAAUAAUGCAUAUAUAUGUAAAAGUACAGCCUAUAUAGGAUGCUGAUAAUAAUGUGGCUGCAUCAAGCAUAUAUAAAUUGCAGUUAUUCUGGAGCAGUCAGUUUUGUGUAUUUGUGUCCAGAAAAAUGUUUAUACUGGUGAGGUAUAAAAGGUUAUUUGCUUAAAAAUGUGUCAUUGACAUUGUGGCUUGGUGUCCUGAUUACCGUGCUAUGGAAAAAGACACCGAUCUGAAUGUAUUUGGAGCCGAUUACUACAUUACUGAUCAGUCACAGGAUAGAUAUGCCAUGCCCACAAGCAGCAAGCCCUCUUCAAAUAAGUGCACAAAGAUGAGCAUGAAAGAACCAAUAAAUUCCACAAAACAUUCAAAAGUAUUAAUCCAGCAAUCUACAGGUUAUCCACUCUCAGUGACCAUGCCUUCAGUCAAAGACAAACCUCAAAGUCCAAAAAUGUCCACUGUUACCAUCAAGCAACCUGUGGGAAACCUUUUGAUUUUGAACACCAGUGGGCAAAUGACAGCUUUUGGGAAAAGUGUUUUGUUAGGAAGUUCUGCACAAGGAACUACUCUACAAAUGACUUCUCACCUUCCACAGUCUUCAUUCUCUGGAAGUCUCUUAAAAUCAAAAUCACAGCAACCAACAAUUUCAGAGGUUCCUGGACCAACAGUUCCUAUAACUGCCCAGACUAGUGUCCAACCAACAAUAACCAGAACAGUUCCUGGCAUGUCAUGUGAUAAAGUCCAGAUUGAAGCUUCAAAAAGACAGGCAGACGUCCACAAUAUGUACUGUGAUGAUCAGUACCCCUUCACUUCAAGUUACUAUGGGAAAGUACCUUACACCUUAGAUAUAGCUUCACAAUUAGCAUCAGCUGUGUCUAAGGAUGAAAUUACCAACAUCUUUCAAAGCUAUUUGAAGUCAAGAAGACUUACAGACUCAUCCUCUGAUCAUCAUACAACAGACUCUAGAUUUAACUUCAGUGCUGAUGAUCAAAAGAAAACCGAUAUGGCUCCUCAAGGAACCAGUGGAAGUAAUUCAUGGAGGACACCUUCUCAAGGAUUGUCUGAAGAACAAGCUGGAAUCACUGAGAAGAUGCCCAAUGUGUCUCAAGAGACCUGCAGUGAAAUUUCUUUGACCUGCAGUGAAAGUGCUUUGAAUAUGGACUCUGAAGAAGAGGAUAGCCCUGGAAUCAGAGUGACAUUUUCAGAAGAUUUGGUCAGAAAAUUUACUGAUACUGAUAGCCAACCAGCCAUUGGAAUUCCUGUUACUGAUACCAUCGAUGCUGUUGAUGGGGGUAUCAUCUUAGGUCAGGAUACUGAGGACAUGCAAACCAGACCGCAAAGUCCAACUUUUGAGAAGACUCCAAAAGAAGUGAAGGAAAAGCCUGCAAAGAAGGAGAUCGAGACAUCAUCAAGUUUCAGAAUCGGUGCCAUGGAGUUUAAUACUGAGACUCUGUAUAGCCUCAUCAUUGAGGAGAAGUCUGAGACAGAGUAUUUGUGUAAGAACUGCAAGGAGGUGUUACCAGAUAAAGAAAGGGCAGUCAUGCACAUGGAUGUCCAUCACCCAUACAGAUGCAGUGUAUGCAGUAGGACCUUCGGCACCAUUGGGGAUUUUCGGGAACAUCGCAAAACUGCACAUGGGGAAGUUCUAUAUUGUACAAGGUGUACAUUCAGUACACCACUGAUUAGUAAACUACAGCGACAUGUGAAAGCUGUGCACAAUCCGUAUGAAUCCAGUGCAAGUAAAUUUGACAAUUGUGUGUGUCACAUCUGUGGGAUGACUUUCACAGUGUGGGAUUCUGCAGGAAACCAUAUGGAAGAGGUCCAUGGUAUAACCCACAUAGCAAGAGAGGGAGACCUCAGGUGCCCAAUUUGUAACUACCUGUCAGGGAGUAAAACAUCCUUCCGAAACCACAUGAAGAAGCAUGCUGGGUUGUACAUCCACUGCAAGUUUGAAGGCUGUAAGUAUAAGUCAGUGUUGUCGAGACUUGUUGAUCUUCACUACGACAGAGUACAUCUUGGUAAGAGGUCAUUUCCUUGCCCUUUUGAAGGCUGUAAUGUGAGAUCAAAGAAGAAGACUGAACUGGAUAUUCACAUGAACAUAUCUCAUUACAAAAUAAGGAAGUACAAGUGCGAACAGUGCGGGAAAGGUUUCAUGGCAAAGAAACACCUGUAUGUCCAUUUGAGAAUUCAUUCAGAUUCGAAGCCAGUGCAGUGCAACUUCUGUGAUUAUAGAUGUCGACAGAAGUCUUCGUUGAACUGGCACAUGAAGAAGCGUCAUCCUGACAUGGUGGAGGAGAAGGAGAAGGCCACAUACAAUGCUGUUCCUGGUAUUCCCGCCUUCCGCCACCUGAUGAAGCCAGGGAGGAAGGGGAGGAAGAAAAAGAAGAAGAAACAGGAGAGUGAUAGUGAGGACCAUGAUGAACUGGAUGAGGUGGACGAGCAAGAUGAACAUGAUGAACGGAACAGCUCCCAUUCCUCCUUGGUGGAUCAAGACAAUGUCCCAUGCUCUUCCACAACGGGGAUCAGUGACAGUGGACAAUGAGACACCGGUGCCUAAUAUGUUGGUAUUUGAGUUUGCUGUGGACGAUCAGCUCAUUAGUUGGUCUAUAAUGAUUCAAUGGUUUGAAAAUUUAGUGAAAGCACAGUAUUUAUGGAUUGCAUUCAUGAUUUUGUUCAAGAAGAGUUCUCAAGCCAUUGUUGCUUUAUAAUGCAAGUCAUUUUCAAGGUUUGAUUGGGGCAACAGGGAUUUAACUUGGUUAUUUAUUAUAGGGGUGCAGCCGACUCUAAUCUUUUAAUUAUUGUGGUAUCACGUCGGAAAAUCCAAUUAACCAAUUAAUUUCUCAGAGAAAAGUAAAAUAUUUUUACAUCAUCAUACCUCAAGGUGACGGAAGUUUGCAAAUAUUUAGCGGUGAAUAGUAGAUAUGAAGUUCCCUUCAGGUGUGAAGGUAAUUUGAAGGCAUAUUGUUUGUUUUAUAAUGAUAACUGAAGGGAAUUAAUUUAAAUUUAAGAUAAAUUUUCUUAGUCAAUGCCAUCAAUCUGCAUUGUUUUUGUGCAUCUUGUUUUCAAUUUUUCUGAGUAAUGGAUGCGGGAUUUCAGUCUCUGUAUCAUACCAGAGUGUGUCACAUGUAUCAUGACCUACAAUCAAGUGUUGUUUCAGCCCUGUGUGUGUAGAACUAGCAUACAAAUCUGUUCAACCGAACUUACAUACCACUGAAUACAGGUAUCAUCAUGAUCAAAAGAAAGUUCAUGCAUAUUGAGAUUCCUAUUUGUCGUACAGUUGACAUCUGAUUUAUUGUGAUGUUACCAUGGAUACAAGAACAAAUAGAAUCAUGGAAUGAUGUGGGUUUUUUCGUGUCAAUCAAAACAACCCUUUACAUGUCAGUAUUAUAACAGUGACUGUUGUGCAUCCUAGUAAUAGUGUUUUUCUCCAUUCUGUUUCAAUAGGAUAUAUACAAUAUAUACACUGCACCCACCACAGUUUCAUUUUGUGUUAAACCCAAUUUCA